UUGACUUCUUAUUUUCAGAUUGUUGCUCUCGCGUUGAUAGCAGUAGCAGCUGCAAGUUCUGGCUUGAGCGGUGGAAUUGGCGGCUCAGGGAUUAGCCAAGGCAGCAGAGGUUUCGGCCAAGGAGGUGGAUAUGGAUCCGGCCUUGGUCGCGGACUUGGUUCCGACUUUGGUGGCGGACUUGGUAGCAGCGGUUUGGGUGGCCGACAAUCUGGUUUCGGAGGUGGAUUAGGAUCUGGACAUGGAGGCGGCGGAUUUGGCCACGGCAGCGGUGGUUUUGGCCAAGGAGUUGGAUUUGGUUCGGGCUUUGGUGGCGGGCUUGGAUACGGCGGCGGCAGCGGUUUCGGUGGCGGACAUUCUGGUUUCGGCGGUGGAUUUGGAUGUGGACAUGGAGGCAGCGGCUUCGGAGGACACGGCGGCUAA